CCAACUUGACAAGCGAUUCAAAGUUUUUCAAGCCCAUUUCUCUUUCUUAUCCGGUAACCAAUUACACACUUGGUGGGUACUGAUAGAGAUCAAAUCACAGGCCGAGGAAAUGGUACCUUCUCUAUUAAGCAUUUCAUCAAACGUGUGGUGGCAACAAGCGAUAAAAAAAUUGUUAAAAUCGUGAAAUUCUAUUGGUAUGACGUACUUUUAACAACUUUUGAGAUGACUGACAAAGAAAUUAUCCAUACCCGAUUGAACCCGCCUGGCCCGUUAAUUGAACAAGUCUUCUACAGUAAUCCACAUCUGCGAUUUUCUUUUUCUUCGCAUUAUCAAUCUCAUUGUUUACAGCAGUCAAAAAGCUGUACGACAAGGCACAUUGGCUCUUCCUAUUGUGUUUCAUUCAUGGCAAGAGAAAAUUAUCAGCCAUUUGCACUAUCCUUCGAUGGCUCAAGAGAGUUGGCUACACUGAAGUUCAUAGGUUUAACAGUUCUGUGUUCAAGGUUGAAUUUAGUUGGAAAAACGAAGAUUUCAUUAGAAGCUAAGGCCUUCUAAUUUCUGUUAGUAUUUGUGUUAUGAUCAUAAUAAAAUAUGAAAAGAUUUAGAAAACCAGAUAAAAGUUCUUGCUAUUAAGACUAUUUUAUAACUGGUUUGAAGAAGUUUUAUGGAAUUUUAAAUUUAUAAUACUUGUUGUAGAAGCGUACACUUUUAGCCAAAUCACUUAUUGGCUGCCAAGGUAAAAUACUAUAAACUACAGAGGAGGAAUUCUUUAGCAAGUACUAGGUAAGUUCUAUGUGUCUUAUUAACAUGGCUAAUUGACUCAGUGCUGGAACAAACUAUAAAAGCAGGUAAAAUGUCAGUACUUGCAGUAACACACAACCAACUACUCUCCUGACAUUAUCUUGAGUUCUUUAGCUCUUCAGGAAUAACAUUAAACCCUUUACAUUUGGUCCAAAACCUAAAAACAAAAUUGCUUGCUCUUCUCUGAUACUAAACUUUAUACAAAAAAAAAACCUUUUAUGUUCGUUAAUAUUCCUACAAGGUUCAUCUGUCAUAACACUCAUUCAUAGAGCACACUAAUUAUAUAUUCCACUCCUCCACCCAGCCACUACAAAAAAAACUCUCUAAACCAUCUCUGACCUAACAGAAGCAAUG